CGUUUCUCGGAAAAGCUUUUCAGUAAAUGCACUCAUGCUGCUCCAGGAGCUCUUCUCCGCAACAAGCCGCCCAUCUGCCAUCAACAAGUUAAGACCCAGAGAACUAACAGCUACGGGAAGGGGAGUCUGACGCCUUGAUUACCCAGCUGAGCAGUCAGAGGAGGAGAAAAUAACUUAUGUUCAAAACUGAUUGAGAGGAUAAGAGUGGUCCCGGGAAAUGAAGCAACGCUAUCCGGAGGAAUAUCCUAAAGAAAAAAACAUCCAACUCAUUCUGGGAUUAAAUUGCACUUGGAGAGCCCGGGACACAAGAAAAACAGGAAACUGGUCAAAAGGCUCUGCAUGUUAGAGCCUUUUACAGACUCACUGUGCUGAGUCUAGGAACCGCGACUGAAUGCAGCCUCCAAUGUGCUCAGAAGAAUGGGCUUACAUUUCAAGUGGCCAUUAGGGGCCCCUAUGCUGGCAGCAAUAUAUGCAAUGAGUAUGGUUUUUAAAAUGCUGCCGGCCCUGGGUAUGGCGUGUCCACCCAAAUGCCGCUGCGAGAAGCUGCUCUUCUACUGCGACUCUCAGGGCUUCCACUCAGUGCCAAACGCCACAGACAAGGGCUCUCUAGGCCUGUCCCUGAGGCACAAUCACAUCUCGGAGCUCGAAAGGGAUCAAUUUGCCAGCUACAGCCAACUUACCUGGCUCCACUUAGACCACAAUCAAAUCUCAACAGUAAAAGAAGAUGCUUUUCAAGGACUAUAUAAACUUAAGGAAUUAAUCUUAAGUUCCAACAAAAUAUUUUACUUGCCAAACACAACUUUUACCCAACUAAUUAACCUGCAAAAUUUGGACUUGUCUUUUAAUCAGCUGUCAUCUCUGCACCCAGAGCUCUUCUAUGGCCUCCGGAGGCUGCAGACCUUGCAUUUAAGGUCCAAUUCUCUGCGGACUAUCCCAGUUCGCCUGUUCUGGGACUGCCGUAGCCUGGAGUUUCUGGAUUUGAGCACCAACCGUUUGCGAAGUUUGGCUCGCAAUGGAUUUGCCGGAUUAAUCAAACUGAGAGAGCUUCACUUAGAGCACAACCAGCUGACGAAGAUUAAUUUUGCUCACUUCCUCCGGCUAAGCAGCCUGCACACGCUCUUCUUACAAUGGAACAAAAUUAGCAACUUGACGUGUGGGAUGGAGUGGACCUGGGGCACUUUAGAAAAGCUAGAUCUGACUGGAAAUGAAAUCAAAGCCAUCGACUUGACAGUGUUUGAAACUAUGCCUAACCUUAAAAUCCUCCUCCUGGAUAAUAACAAGUUAAAUAGCCUUGAUUCCAAGAUCUUAAACUCCCUGCGAGCCUUGACGACUGUUGGCCUCUCUGGCAAUCUGUGGGAAUGCAGUCCCCGAAUAUGUGGCUUGGCCUCUUGGCUGGGCAGUUUCCAAGGUCGGUGGGAGCAUUCCAUCCUCUGCCACAGCCCUGACCACACCCAAGGCGAGGAUAUUCUAGAUGCAGUCCAUGGGUUUCAGCUUUGCUGGAAUUUGUCAACCACUGUCACUGCCGUGGCUACAACUUACAAAGACCCGACCACUGAAUAUACAAAAAGAAUAAGCUCAUCAAGUUACCAUGUGGGAGACAAAGAAAUCCCAACUACUGCAGGCAUAGCAGUUACUACGGAGGAACACUUUCCCGAACCAGACAAUGCCAUCUUCACGCAGCGGGUAAUUACGGGAACAAUGGCUUUAUUGUUUUCUUUCUUUUUUAUUAUUUUUAUAGUGUUCAUCUCCAGGAAGUGUUGCCCUCCCACUUUAAGAAGAAUUAGGCAGUGCUCAAUGAUUCAGAAUCACAGGCAGCUCCGAUCCCAAACACGACUCCAUAUGUCAAACAUGUCAGACCAAGGACCAUAUAAUGAAUAUGAACCCACCCAUGAAGGACCCUUUAUCAUCAUUAAUGGUUAUGGACAGUGCAAGUGUCAGCAGCUGCCAUACAAAGAAUGUGAAGUAUAAUAUCUACCCAUCAUCAAAAAUCACAUCAGAUAAGUAACCUAUUUUACAUAGUAGGAGCUAAAUACAUAUCUAAUUUUUACCAAUGGUGACAUUAAGCCUAAUUUUCCAAAUCAAGUGGAGACUUAGUUUUUGAAGUGUUGAAGUAUUUUUAAUUUUUUUAAACAAAAUCAUAUUUUAAUUGUUAAAUGAAGCAAUGCUCACAUUAUUUGCACUCCUGUUGGAAAGUCUAAAAAUGCUCACUUCAAAAUAAUGUUUCAUGUAUGUAAUUAUAUACUAUCGUGUGUAAACAUUUACACUAGGACCUCCAUAUGCUAUUUUUUUCCUAAUGAAAAGAGUUCAGAAAGAAACGACUGAGCAGAAAAUAAGACGGUGACCAAUAUUUGUUUGAUCAUUGCUCUCUAUCCCACACGCCACAUCUGGCUCGCUGCUUAAACAGAUACUUAGCAAAGUUAACCCAACAAUCUACUGCCAGUGUGGGAAGUAGAAUUUCACACAUGCUAAAGACUGAUACACAUUAAACACACUUCUUCCUGAGUUUUUGCCUGGGUUAGUAGGUAUUCUCAAACUCUACAUCAUGAAAUCAGAGCACUAUCUGUAAUUCUAGUGAGUGACUCUUUCAUAUGCUUAAAUGAUGACUCCAAGGGUUUGUGAAAAGGUUCCAUUUACAAUGAAGUCAAUACUAAAUAAUUACACUGACCUGUCAUUCAUCACUCAUUUGAUUUAUAAUGGAUGUGUUGACUUACGUGACACUUAAAAGACUAUUGUUUUAAACUUGUGUAAAUUAUCAUUUUACUAAUUCAUUUACUAAAUCCUUUAUUUACAUUUGUCUUUUUUAAAAAGAUUUUUAAACUAUCUGAGAUAAAUUGACAUACUCCCUUCCUCUAGUAUGAAAACACAACACACAAGUCUCUCUCUUUCUCAAUAGUUAUAAUCAAAGAUGCCUUGACAAGGAGAGUUUUAAACCUUUCUUCUGCCUUUUCCUAUCUUCAAACCUUAAAGAGCCAAAUUAAAAUUAAUUGGCUAGCAACAGGCACAACACUGAUUCGUGUUAGAAUGUAUUAUAAAGAAACCAUGAAAGAAACCACUUUCAAAAAUAGUAAAUACUAAACUUUGACCCUUUAAUAAGCAUCCACAUCCACACUCUAAGAGCAGUUCCUCCCAAAGGAAGUGAACAACUAGCAUCCCAGUGAACCUAUUCGUGGGUACAGCACUCUAUAGGACUACAUAGCCACACAACAGCAAUUAACUCAAAGGCGGUACGAGGUGACGGGAUGAAGGAGAAAGGUAGCAUUCUGAAACCUGGCUCUUGCAGGUGUAGGAUACCUGAAAUUACAAGACAGCCAAGAAUGAGGCAAUCUAAAUUGACGAGGGCAAAGGUCCAGGAGUUGAAGGAGUGGGAUUCAUAUAAGCCUCUCAUAAUUAACAAACGAUAAUGGUGCCACAUUUUCAAGCAGUUAGAACAAGUAUUUCUUCAUUUAUGAUUUCUGUGGGGGGAAAUAUGCUAUAAGUGAAAUGCAAGAAACACAAUUCACAUUUAGAUUUUUCCCCCCACAAAGAUCUAUGCUAAACUUGACUUUAGAAGAAUGAGCCUUUUCACUACUGCCAUUUAAGCUUAUGUGAAAAGUGGGGCAUUAAUGUUUCAACACCAGUACCCUAAAAAGAAAGUUAUCUUUUCCUAAACAUGACCAUUGACAUAAUGAUACUCUUCAUUCAAGGCAUGUUUUUCCUCCCAGGUUUGAAUUUAGAAUGUUAUGGCUACAGGUUAACCUUUAUACUUUAAUUAAUGUUUUUCUUUCUAAAUACUAGUAGGAGUGUAUACUUGUACUUCAAAGACAAUGUGCCUGUGUCAGAUGCAAAUAAGAUGGCAAAUGGUGGUAAAUAAGUGCUCUCUAAAUUUCUGUGAGGUGGCAGAUUACUUUGACAAAGUCUCGGCCCACUUGGGCUGAUCUUGAGCAGUGAGCAUUUCUCUCUCAUUAAACCAGGCCCUGGCCUUGCCAGGGCAGGGCCAGAAGUCUCCUACAAAUAAGAGAUCUACAAGCCAAAAUUUACCAGCCUAUUUAUCCGGGUGACCACAGUCAUUUGUCAGGGAACAGCUUGGUCACCCUACUACUAUGCCCUGAGCAUAGAAGAUCAGCACUGAAGGAUAGCAGAGAAGGCAUACUUUCCUUCCAUCAUUUCAACCACCACCAAAAUUAAUUCAAAUUGUGAGUUUGAAGGAUGUGAUACACUGGCCGGGUAUCCCCAUAUUAAUCAUAAAGGUUGCAACUAGUAAAAUGGACUAGCAGUUGGCAAAAUCCUACAUGGACAUGGGAAAGCUGGCCAUUUAGUGCAGUCAUUUAGGAGAACAGCAUAACCAAGGCACACGUUCUUUCCAAUAAAAAAAAUAAAAUAAAUUUGCCCUCCAUUUUUUAAAAAGUAAUGCCCUUAGGAAAAAACGUGAGAAAUGGUAUCAAAUAGGUAUUUCCCCUUUUUCAUUUACAGAGCAAACUUCUUUUUUCUAUCUACCUAGAGAAGGCAGGAUUCCAUUUAAUUUUGUCUGUUUGAGUUUUGAUAUUAGCACAGGUUUGAAGAUGAGACUAUUAGGCAUCUGUGCUCUUUACCAAGUGGCUAGGGUGGAUCAUCACAGCCACACUGCAGAUCCUGUAAGCAUGGUAUGCAGGCUUUCCGUUUCUGAUGGGCGUUUAACCCCUUCCCUUCCCUUCCUCCUUCCGCCUGCCCCCAAUUUUUUUAAAAGUAAUUUUAAUUUUCAAGGUUUGAGGAAGAUGACCAAUAGCCAGAAAAGGAAUUAAAUCUUUCUGGGGGAGAAAAUGAAAUUUGAAGGCUAAAGAAGGGUAUGAUACUAUACUCAUCUAGCAAGUAAGAGCUAGUCUGGAAUCAUUUAAAUUCAUUUCUGUAGCUUGCCAGAGAUUUCAAUCACCUUUCUUAAAAGAGUGGACUGGUGAAUUUGCAUAUGCAACUCUGAGAAUACCCACUGCCAACAUCAAAAAGCAAAGGUACUAAUUUUUAAGCCAAAAAUCUGCACGAACACAUGUAACUUCUUAAUGUGCCCAAGUUAAUUUCUGUACCAAUUCAAUGAAUGGAAUUGACUGAAAUUCCCAACACCACUAAUUAUUAAAAUCCAUCUGCUUAUUCUAAUGCUAGUCACUAGGAGCCAGACUCCAUCUUUCCAAUAAAAAUGAGUGCUAUGUAGCACCGGUUCUGAAUCCUAAAUUUUGAAACAGGGGAAUCAUUUUCUUAAGGGAUACUUCCUACAAACAACUACAAGGGGGUGGGUGGGGAGAAGAGUAUAAAUGCCUGGUUCUCUGUCUCUCUGAAAAGUGUGGAUAGCAAUAUAAAAAUUUUUAAAUAAUAUUUUUAGCCGCUGGCUUACAUGAUCAUUUUCUUAACAGAGCAAUAUACAAGCGUGUCUCAAAAGCCUGUUUGGAACAUGCUUUUCUUAUCAUUUUGGCUGAAGUCUUGCAGCCAGAAAAAGGCAAAGAUAAGGUAAUAGGGCCAUCCACUGAAAAUUACACAUUUCUCUAUCUAACCUGGGGCAAACUCACAGUACUUGAAUAAAGGCCAAAACAAAUGCAAAAUGACUGUUUAAGCUUUCAUACUGCUGUUGGAAACAUUUGGAAACUUCUACUCUUUCAACUAAUCUUUUCUUCCUUGGUGAUUUAAAAAAACAAAAACAAAAAAACUUGAUAUGUAGAAUAUUUGUGAACCUACCUAUCAACACAGACUGGAGACUCAAAGUAUAGUCCAGAUACAUUGUGUUCAAUCACCUUCAGGAGCCA